ACCAUACAUGAAGAAUAGAAUAAAGUGAGCCAAAAAAAAUGGAAUCAACCAAAGCAGAACUUUCUCCUCACUUUCUCUUUAUUCCUUCCUUUUCUUUUCUUUUCUUCCUAACAAACAAUCUCUUCAAAAACAAAGAAAGCAACAACAACAACAACAACAACAAAAUGAGCUGCUGUAAGCCCAAGAUUAUUAAACCUCCUACCAAAACCUUCUCAAAACAAGAAAACCAAGAAGCCAAAAAUGUGAAACAUGAAGUUUUGCUACGCAUACCUGGGUGCAAAGUCCAUCUAGUGGAAGAAGGGGAAGCACUAGAGCUUGCCAAUGGAGAUUUCACCCUUUGUCGCAUAUUGGAUGACAAUGUCAUUCUUGCUACUACUGUGAAAAUUGGUGAUGAUCUUCAAUGGCCUUUGACAAAAGAUGAACCGGUUGUCAAGCUCGAUGCUUUGCACUACUUGUUUUCUUUGCCAAUGAAAAACGGUGAUCAACUCAGCUAUGGAGUGACCUUCUUGGAUGGUGGUAGUUUGGGCUUGUUGGAUUCAUAUUUGCAAGAGAAUUCAUGCUUUUCGUGUUCAUCUUUUUCAAUUCAAAAUAAAAAUUUGAAUUGGAAUGAGUUCGCACCUAGGGUUGAAGAUUUCAACAAUUUUUUGGCUAAGGCAAUUGCAGAAGGGACUGGUCAGAUUGUUAAGGGGAUCUUCAAAUGUAGCAAUGCCUACACCAACCAGUGUGUUAUAGUUUACAUGAUUCAAUGGUUUGUCAAAUUAAAAUUGAGGGGCAAAAAACAGGUUCAAAAGGGAGGGGAAAUGAUUCUAACUCAAGCUGUGGACGAGAAAAACAGAUCAAGUAAGAGCAACAAUGAUGCUAGUGCCACAAAGAAGAACAAAAUCAAUCAAACCCUAAAACGUGUGAGAAACCUGUCUAGUAUGACAGAACAAAUGAGCAAAGCAAUGCUUGAUGGUGUUGGCAUUGCCACCGGGACUGUGAUGGCACCGGUGGUUCAGUCACAGGUGGGGAAGGCUUUCUUAGCCAUGGUUCCAGGACAAGUCCUCUUGGCCUCACUCGAUGCUGUCAACAAAGUGUUAGAUGCAGCUGAAGUUGCUGAAAAACAAGCCCUCUCUGCCACCUCUGCUGCCACAACCAGAAUAGUUUCUGAAAGGUUUGGAGAAAAUGCAGGGGAGGCAACAGAAGAUGUGCUUGCGACUGCAGGACACUGUGCUGGCACUGCUUGGAAUGUCCUCAAGAUUCGGAAAGCCAUCAAUCCAGCUUCAUCGGUGUCCUCUGGAGUACUCAAGAGCGCAAUCAAAGAUAGGAAAACUUAAAUCGUGUGUUGUCAAUUUAUGUAUCUGAAACAUAACAUGCUAAACAGUGUCUCCUUGAUGGAUCUAGCAAAAAUAAUCCUUCCCUAAUGUCAUAAAGAAUAUCAGGAAUAAAGAAUCCACAAUAAUUUAUUCACGAAAAAUUACUUGAGGUUGGAAGAAAGAGCAAUAAAAUCAAUUCAUAAAGAAUGUAUGAAA